AUGGUUAAGAGGUUUCUGGUCAAAAUUGAAAUUUUUAUGGAGAAACAACAGUCGACACCGACCGUGUUUGAACAGCUGGCCAUCACUCAGAAGAAGCGGCUGAAGCUUCUGCAUCUCUCCGGACGGAUCAGCAUUGGACUGGCGUGUUUGGCCUUCGCUGCCAUCGUGAUGUUGGCAGCCCAACCGGUCGUCUCGCAAGCCGUAAUCAACAAUGAGCAAUCGAAUCAGUUAACGGACAACGGGAAAAUCGUCAAUCAGGGUAAUGGAUUGGACCAACAACGACCGAAUGCGGUCCGCUCGGGUCUCGUAGACAACAUCUUCAAUAUUCCGAUCCAAACUCUGAAGGCGGUCAACGAUUUGGUCCAAAGCAUCGCUGGAAAUCUUCAGGCUGCCGGUGCCGGAAGUUUCUUCCGCACUAAAACCGACAACACCAGGAACAUUAACGUAAACAUUGAUGAUGAUAACAAUGACCAAAAGGAGAAAAACUAA